CGGGCCCCCGUGGGGGGGAAGGGAGGAGGGCCCCGAGCGCCUCCGGCGAGUAGCGGCCCCUGGGCGGGGGCAGCACCGCGGGACCAUGGAGCCCGGCUGCCCGAGUCCGAGCCCACGGGGGCGGCGCCGGCGCCGGCGGCAGCGGCAGCGGCAACAGCAGCAGCAGCAGCAGCAGCAGCAGCAGCAGCAGCAGCGGCAGCCCGGGCAGCCCGGGGAGCCCCGGGACACCGCCUGGGUGGAAGCGUGGCUGGACGACCACUGGGACUUUACUUCCUCCUACUUUGUUCGGAAAGCCACAAGAGAAAUGGUCAAUGCAUGGUUUGCUGAGAGAAUUCAUCCUAUCCCAGUCUGUAAGGAAGGAGUCAGAGGUCACACAGAGUCCUGCUCUUGUCCUACUCAACAGAGUCCCCGUUCUGAGACCACUGCCCCUGGGACCCCCACCAGGAAGAUCUCAGCCUCGGAGUUUGACAGGCCACUCCGGCCCAUUGUGGUCAAGGACGCUGAAGGAACUGUGAGCUUCCUCUGUGACUCGGAGAAGAAGGAACAGAUGCCUCUGCAGCCCCCCAGGUUUGGUACUGACACAGGAGAUCAGUGCUCAGGGCUCUUGGAGCUUGUGAAAGAUAUUUCUAGUCAUUUGGACGUCACAGCGCUUUGUCACAAAAUCUUCUUACACAUCCAUGGGCUGAUCUCUGCCGAUCGCUAUUCCCUUUUCCUGGUUUGUGAGGACAGCUCCAAUGAUAAAUUCCUCAUCAGUCGCCUGUUUGAUGUCGCAGAAGGCUCCACUCUGGAAGAAGCUUCCAAUAGCUGUAUUCGCUUAGAAUGGAACAAGGGAAUUGUGGGUCAUGUGGCGGCUCUGGGGCAGCCCUUGAACAUCAAAGAUGCUUAUGAGGAUCCAAGGUUCAAUGCGGAAGUGGACCAAAUCACAGGCUACAGGACCCAGAGCAUUCUCUGCAUGCCAAUCAAGAACCACAGGGAUGAGGUUGUUGGUGUGGCCCAGGCCAUCAACAAGAAAUCUGAAAAUGGCAGCACAUUCACAGAAAAAGAUGAAAAGGAUUUUGCUGCUUACCUGGCAUUCUGUGGGAUUGUUCUCCACAAUGCCCAACUGUAUGAGACUUCACUCUUGGAGAACAAACGGAACCAGGUGCUGCUCGAUCUUGCCAGCUUGAUCUUUGAAGAGCAGCAGUCCUUGGAAGUGAUUCUAAAGAAGAUCGCAGCUACCAUCAUUGCCUUCAUGCAGGUGCAGAAAUGCACAAUCUUUAUAGUGGAUGAAGACUGCUCAGAUUCAUUUUCUAGAGUGUUUCACAUGGAGUUUGAGGAUUUGGAAAAAUCAGCGGAUGCUGUAACAAGGGAUGGAGACAUGAAUAAAAUCAAUUACAUGUAUGCUCGCUAUGUCAGAGACACCAUGGAACCUCUUAAUAUCCCCGAUGUCUAUAAGGACAAGAGAUUUCCCUGGACAAGUGAAAACACAGACAGCUUUCACCAGCCCAUUAGAAGUUUGCUUUGCACACCUAUAAAAAAUGGAAAGAAGAACAAAGUGAUAGGGGUUUGCCAGCUCGUUAAUAAGAUGGAAGAGAAUUCCAGCAAAUUCAAACCUUUCAACAGAAAUGAUGAGCAGUUUCUGGAGGCUUUUGUCAUCUUUUGUGGACUGGGAAUCCAGAACACCCAGAUGUAUGAAGCAGUGGAGAGGGCCAUGGCCAAGCAGAUGGUAACUCUGGAGGUUCUAUCAUAUCAUGCUUCUGCAGCAGAAGAGGAAACCAGAGAGCUUCAGUCAUUAACAGCAGCCAUGAUACCAUCCGCCCAAACCCUCAGGAUAAUGGACUUCUCCUUCAGUGACUUCGAGCUCUCUGAUCUGGACACAGCACUCUGCACAAUUCGAAUGUUCACUGACCUCAACCUCGUGCAGAAUUUCCAGAUGAAACACGAGGUUCUUUGCAGGUGGAUUCUAAGCAAAAAGAAUUAUCGGAAGAACGUAGCCUACCACAAUUGGCGGCACGCCUUUAACACGGCCCAGUGCAUGUUUGCUGCAUUAAAGUCGGGCAGAAUUCAGAACCAGCUGACUGACCUGGAGAUCCUGGCCCUGCUGAUCGCGGCCCUGAGUCAUGACCUGGAUCAUAGAGGGGUGAACAACUCUUACAUACAGAGAAGUGAUCAUCCCCUCGCUCAGCUUUACUGCCACUCCAUAAUGGAGCACCAUCACUUUGACCAAUGCCUCAUGAUCCUUAACAGCCCAGGCAACCAGAUCCUCAGUGGCUUGUCCAUUGAUGAAUACAAGGCCACGCUGAAAAUGAUCAAGCAGGCAAUUUUAGCCACUGACUUGGCACUGUACAUCAAGAGAAGAGGAGAAUUUUUUGAACUUAUAAGAAAGAAACAAUUCAACUUUGAAGAUCCCCAGCACAAAGAGUUAUUUUUAGCGAUGCUGAUGACAGCCUGUGAUCUCUCUGCAAUAACCAAGCCUUGGCCUGUUCAGCAGCGGAUAGCAGAAUUGGUAGCCGCAGAAUUUUUUGACCAAGGAGACAGAGAACGAAAGGAGUUAAACAUUGAGCCUACAGAUCUGAUGAACAGAGAGAAGAAAAACAAAAUCCCAAGUAUGCAAGUUGGAUUCAUAGAUGCCAUAUGCUUGCAACUCUAUGAGGCUCUGGUCCACAUCUCAGAGGCCUGCUUCCCGCUGCUCGAUGGCUGUAGAAAGAACAGGCAGAAAUGGCAGGCCCUGGCGGAGCAGCAGGAGAAGAGCCUGCUCAAUGGGGAGAGCGGCCAGCCCAAACUGAACUGAGGGCCUCUGGCAGACGAGCACGCAGAGUUUACGUUUACACAGAUGUCCUAUUUUGUGAUACGGACUUUUCCUAGACACUGUAGGAGUUGGGUAUAUCCUUUGCCACUGCUGUAUUUUUUUUAACGUUUGGUUUUAUUUUUGCACAACUUUGAAGGGCAUAGUGUGACGUGUUUUGGGGGGCCUGGUGUAUAUCGUCUGGAUGGGUCUUUAUACCACUGAAGGGAGGUGGCCCGCUCUGCCCGCCAUGGCCACAGUUGGCAGAAGACCAGUCUCGAUGCUGAGGUUCAGCCACAGAGGUCUGGGAAGGCUCUGGGAAACCUUUGGCCCUGGGCUGGUCCAUCUGUGUCCCUGGUUGUUUUGCUGUGGCUGAAUGAGCAGUUCUUCAAGAAUGCUUGGCAGCUUCCCUCCCUUCCUAUGGGAGCCAGGAUCAACAGUCCAUUCCUCAGUGUUUGAAAAUACAGAGGAGAGGAGGCUGUUGUUCAGGCCUGACUUUGGACAGGGCUGGACUGCAGGGAUUUGGGAGGCACGUUUAUCAGCAAUCGCAAGCACAUCGACUCCACAGCUUUCAGAGUUCUAGACUAUUGGGAAGGCUGUGACAUACCGUGCAAUCUAUAGUGAAGGGAAGCACAGAAGACACACAUUAUGGUCGGCUGGGAUCUCACAGGCCAUCUGAUCCAACCCUCUCGUUUCAAAGCUAUGGCCAUGGGCCCGCAAAGCUGAAUGACUUGUCCAAGGUCACACAAGUAAUACGCAUCAGAGGCAAGAUUUGAACCUGCAUCCGUAGGGCCAUAGUUCUAGAGAAUGAAGGGGCUUCAGAAGCCUCCUACUCUGACUCUCCUAUUUUACAGAUAAGGCAGGUGGAGCCCAAGAAAUCUAAGUGACUCUCCCAAGGUCAUGCAGGUAGUGAGCAUCAGAAGAGGAAUUUGAACCUGAGUCUGUAGAUCCAGAGUUAGAGGGGCCCGUAGAGGGCAGCCAACCCUUUCAUUUUACAGAUAAAGAAAUCAAGGUGUGCAGCAGGUGACUUGCCCAGGGUCACAUAGCUGGUCGGGUUUUUGAUGAGAAAGGCUACAUUGCAAAUGUCUGAGGGAGAAGGAAUCUUUGAAUAAGCUUCCAGACGUCCCCUCCUUCCAUGGGGCACUGCAAAAUCACCUUCUUCUCUUCAAAAAUAGUCUUACAGCUUGUAUCUUGAAAAUUUGAAUUUCAAUCAUGUAAAUCUCAAAAGAAAAGAGUGAAUUCAAGGUAAUAGCAAUUCAACAUUGUCCUGAGUGAAGGUGGCCACAGGUAGGGUAGAAAGGCAACCAUUUCUUCCCCUUUCACUUAGAAAAGAGAGCCAGGAGGCUGCUGGAAGAAGGACUUUCAUCAUUAGUGCAGCUCAGAGAACACAGCCAAUCCUUGUACUUUGAUAAGUAUUAGGGUCAUCAUGAUCUCCUUUUGCUACCCAUAUUGUGAUGCUGUUGGGGGUCAAAGGGAAAUAGCAGAAUGGACCGUCCAAGUCCCCUGCCAUAAAAGGAACCCUGAGUCAUAUGGAAGUGAGUUGUUUCAGUCUAUGGGAUCAGUGGACCUGGAGGAAUCGCUUCAGGGCCAGGCCAAGCCUUGCCCCCCCAGCGAUGACCCAGUUCCCAUACUUCUCCUGGCUGCCGCCUUUCUCCCACAAUACUUCACAUGUAUAAAUAAACUUCCUUGGUGGGGUCAGAGGCAGUUCCCAUUCCAUAUGUGUGCCCUUGAGCCCCUCUCAAUGAGCUCACAAGUGCCUUGGGAAAGCAGGCAUGCACAAUAGGAAAGAAGGAGGCCUGGAGCUUCCCAACCAACAAUUUCAAUGUGUUUGCUCACAGUUCCCAUCACCCCAUAGUCAUAAAGGCUUGGGAAAGCUGGGUUGUUUUUUCCUAGUCCAGACCUUCCAUAUAGAGAAUUUCCAGUGACCAAGGCAGAUUGCUAAUUCAUCUAUAACUUACACUGUUAGGCAGUUGCCUGGGAGUGCUUUGAAGUUAAGUGACUUGUCCACAGUCACACAACCAGUAAGUGUCAGAGGCAGGACUCUUCCUGACUUCACGUCUGGCCCUUGGCACCCACCUUGCCACACCAGCAUCAUAAUGACGAAGUACAAGAAGACUAUUUCCUACAAACACGUCUUAUGGCUAUUUCACACAGGCAUUUACAUAAAGUUCAAGAUGGAACUUAAUUUUGGAAAUACUUUGGGUACCGUGAUCUUAUACAUAAAUGAUACAUAUAUAUAAAUUUCUUGUGAUUUUGGCCAAAGUUAACAUUCCCUUAGGUACCCCCUCGAUAAUCAUAGCUGGCUCUGUGUCAGACUGUAAAAUACUUUGGCAAGCUCCCAGCUGCUCACCAGUGGGCUUGCUGGGGCUGGAGUACAGUGGGGUUUGGUUUAUCUUUAUGACAUUUUGCAGAGAUGAGAGUUGUGACCCUUGCCCCUUAAUGACAGAACUUGUAAAUGCCUUGGAUUGCCACUCGGAGCUCGUUAGCUAGGUCUGCUGGCACAUCUCUCCAGAAGUGGCCAUCAUUUCUGACACUUUUUAUCUCCGUGACCUUGGGUCCUGAACCUCAGUUUCCUUCUCUAUAGAAUAGGAAAGUUUUCUAAGAUCAUAUGAUCUUAUCCACAUCGUAUACCCUGUAAUAGGACGGACUUCAGAAUUUCAUCCACACCCAAGUCUGCACUGAGGAAAUCAGAAUAACAUGAGUUACUCUCAUUUUCCAUCAGUUUAGACCUUUCCCACCUAAACAAAGAUGAUUUUUCAGAAGAUACCUUGUAGGCAACUAUUAUUGGAAUGAAGAUGGGUUUAGCUUGUAUGUGGAUACUGUCUAAUGCUGUUUUCACACUUUUGAGUCCCAGAAAUUAGGAGACACUCUUCCUAGAUGAUGUUUCUCCAUUGGAGAACAUGGUUCAAACGGAAGUUGAAAGUCCUCCCUCACUCCUUUCCAUUUAAGUAGUUCAUUUUGAAGCUAACAAGCUUUAUUGUUGCCCAAAAUAGGGACCCUCUAGCUGAGCUAUUUAGUGUCCCAGAAUAGAACUGGAAGGGACCUCAUAGAUUUUUCAGUCCAACUCCUCACUUUACAGAUAAGGAAAUUGAGACCCAGCUAGUGUGUGUGUCUGAGGCAGAAUUCUAACCCAGGUCUUGUUAUUCCAUGGGCCGUGCUGUUUCCACUCCACCAUACUUCAAUACAUUAAAUAGCUCUGAUUUCCACAGUGCAGACAAGCCCAGCCCUAAAGCAGAGCUCAACAUGUUUAUAAUUGAGGGAAUGCCAGAACCCAAAAUUUUGCCCCCCACAGCCAGCCUUGUGUUGACCUUAGCUAAGUUGACCCCUUAAACAACAUCUAUCAGCAGACUCCCACAAUCUGUGAGAAGUGGGCACAAAUCAGCAGAAUUUUAGCUGCUAAUGCAAACGUCCAUUUCCUAUUCUUUUCCCAGUGCAGACAGCAAAAGUUCAUUUUUGUUUUUUCCUACUUUGAUCCUUAAAGCUCUGUGAUUUCAUCAUCUUGUGUGCUCCUGCUCCCCUGUGGGCCACAGCCUCUCCUGCCUUCUCAACCUCUACAAUUCUUGUCCAGGUUUUGUCUUGCACCUUCUACAGAGCCUUGACCUCAAUGUUUUUCCUAAAAACCAAAUAAAGCACACAUUUUAAAUGUUUCUGCUAUGUGAUAGCAGGAAUAACAGAUAUGAAAGCUGAGAGUAACGUGCCGUUACUAUCUGGUAAAAUGGCCUGGCUUUUUCAUAGGAUUUUUUUUCCAUGGAAUUUUAGUAGUUUCAUAGAAUUGGUGUUUUCCUUCUUGUGGGGAUUUGUGCAGAUUACUGAAUCAUUCUGUGCCUGAGGGAACUAGGGAACUUUUGUAAAUGGAACUAGGGAUGCUUAGGACCUAUACACUUGAUUUCUUUGAUGACAGCAGCAUGGUGGGCAGCUGCCAUAUUCUCCCUCAAAACUGCCAAUGUCAAAAACUGGAUACAGGACAUUGGUCUAAUGCAACUUUUCUUAUGUCCUUGUAGAUUGCCCAGUCUUUGCAAAGGUGAGAAUACUUUUCCCAUACUUCACUUGUAGAUAUUUGGUAAGGAAGAAAUUUUUACAAACUCUUAAGGAUGUGGUCACCACCAAUUGAUCUCCCCUUUGAAGUGAGACAAAAGCAAGUACAGAAAAUAUUAAAUAUUGUGCAAGGAGGGAGUAGGGUGGGAGGGAGAGUAGGAAAUUACUAUAACCAUAUGCUCUCUGCUCCACUGCUCACUUGAAGCGUGUAAUGCAGGAGCUGGAGGGCUUGGAUUUCUCGAUUUGUUCACAGCUCAAUGUUUUUCACCAGAUUUGAUUUCUCCAUCUUUAACAUGACCCACCCCCAUUUCUGCUAGAUCUUGCAAGUGAUAUAUGAACUACUGUAAUAUUUGUCAGCAAUGUCGUGUUUGGGGUUUUUUUUUCCUGGAUGGCUGAAAUAGAAUGCUGAAGCCAUGGGAUAGCUGCCCUCUUCUGCAAUUGAUCAAAUCCUCUGAAUGGGUAGCAGGGAGGGAGGAUGGAAGGGAGCAUCUUCUGGGGGACAAAGGACCCCUCUGGAGACUUAUCUGUUCCUAACUUUAAUGACUUGCAAUGGAAAUUAGGACAGAUAAUGUUCUUUCUGUUUCCCCACCACCAUUCUCAGGCAUUUAUUGAGUGCUAUGAAGUUUCAUGAGACCUUUCUUAGGACAAGCCUGGAAAUUGGACACUGAUUCACCAUCCCCAUCAUUCUCUAGGGUCAAAGGCUGCUGAGGCAGGCAUGCCUGUCCAACAUCCCACUACAUAGAGUUGUUUGUUUGGGUUUUUCCCCCAUGCAAACCAGAUUGUGGCUCUUCAGAGCCAUACACUUGGAAGUCAAAAUCACUGUCCCAGGAUGUUAAAUAUUUGUUGGUAUUAAGUAAGCACCUUCCCAGACCCCUUUUGCUCUGCCAUAUAAAGGAAGAAAGCGCUGGACUCACCUUCCCCCUCCCUACACCUACCAAAAGCCUGUGUAUACAUGUUUUAAUGAAUGUAGCUGAAAGUGUAAAUACUUUUUAAAAAUAAAUUACAUGAUAGUUUAAUUUUUUAAAAUCACAAAGAACCAUCACUAGCCACUGUUAGUAUUUCUUUGUAUUCUUAUACUUUUUCGAAGUAUUGGAACAAAUAUAUAGUUUCUGGACACUAUUUUUGUACUAGAAUGGGGAGGGGAGGGUACUGUGUAUAUUAUGCUGAACUUUCAAGUGGUUUGAAAGGCUUUUGAAUGUCAAUGUCUUUUUCCCACCCCCUCUGUCAUCUCUCACCCCCUGUUUCAGACAAUCUUCUUACAUGACAGACCUAAGUGUAAGGACCAGUUGGGUUGGACUGUCCUCCAACCAACUGGUGGAAGAAAGAAAAAACCCUCGGGGUGUUUUCCACAGAAGUACAGACUGUUCACUUGCCACUUACCUCCUCAUGGUAUUCUUUGUACUGUUUUUCAUUCUUUGAAAAAUAAAAAAGGAUGAGGAACAAUUAAAUUUCA